AAUGUUUAAUCAUUUUAAAUUAAAAUUGUAGUAAGACAAACUUAACUUCUAUGAGAGAUUUUGGAGUAUCCAGUUAUUAAUGUUUUUAUUUGAAGCUUCAGGACAAAAAAGUGAUAGGAAAUAAGAUUAUCUUCUUUUCUAACUAAGAUUUUGAGCCAACCACUCAACAAGUUCAAAGCAAGUUGGUUUCAUUGGUUAGUUUAUAAAUCUGUUAAUAUAGUUAUUGUAUUUUUUUUUCCCUUUCUUUUCUUGUGUGUAUUUAAACAUACAUGAGCAUGCUAGGAUUUGAAGCAAUGAAGCAUUCAAAGUUGGUUUAAUUGAUUUUACUUACCUGUCGGUUGAACUCUGGAUAAUUGUCCUUCCAUAGGAACCAACAAGUUAAGAAAGAGAGAUGGAUAGGGUUCAAGAGGCAGAUGAAAAUAAUAAAACUUCAGUUGUUGGUCUAGCAAUCAAGGGUAAUAAGAAAAGCAAAUAUGUUGUACAAUGGGCACUUGAUAAAUUUGUUCAUGAAGGGAUAAGUAUCUUCAAGCUAAUUCAUGUUAGAGCUGUUAUAAAUGGAGUUCCUACACCAAUGGGAGAUGUGCUUCCUAUUUCACAAGUACGAAAUGAUGUAGCAAAUGCUUUCAGAAGGGAAGUGGAGUGGCAAACAAAUCAAAUGCUUCUACCUUUUAAGAGUUUGUGUGAGCAGAGAAAGGUGCGUGUAGAUGUUGUAGUGAUUGAAUCAGAUGAUGUAGCAACUGCAGUAGCAGAGGAAGUAUCUAAGAAUGUUAUUACCAAACUUGUCCUUGGAGCUUCAUCUUCUGGUAUAUUUAAAAGCAAACAGAAGGGUCUGUCUGCAAAAAUAUCAGUACGCACUCCAAGAUUUUGUACAGUUUAUGCUGUUUCGAAAGGAAAAUUGUCCAUACGGCAGUCAGACAUGCAGACUGACGGAAACAUUGUAGAUGAUACCACCAGUGAAACCAGUUUUUCGUCGAGCAGCUCAUCGAACUACACUUCCACCUCUCAGACAGAUUUUGGCUCAGUUGCAUCAUCUGCGGCUUUACAUUCCUAUCCCUUGACAACACGACGACAUAAAGCUCUCUCGAGUAUAGAUCAGACCCUUCUAAGCACGAGUCCUAAUUUAAGUGAAACUAAUCAUUUUAGAGGCCAGUCUCUAGAUCUUGGGAGAAAGAAUGAUGCUAUAAGUUCAGAUAUUGAUCAUGCUCUAACCCAGGCCUCUAGUGGCGGAAGCAUUUCAGAUACUGAAUCUUCCAUUUACGGUCAAAAUCAUGCCAAGUAUGUGCCACAAGGUACUAAACCUCCAAAACCAAAUAGACAGGAAAAUUAUAACCUUGAGCUGGAAAAGUUGAGACUUGAACUAAGACAUGCACAAGGAAUGCAUGCAGUAGCUCAAAGUGAGAACAUUGAUGCAUCACAAAAGCUGAAUGAACUAAACAAGAGAAGAUUAGAAGAAUCCAUGAAAAUGAAGGAGAUUGUUGCUAACGAGGAGAUGGCCGAGGAAUUAGCAAAUCAAGAAAGAGAGAAAUAUGAAGCUGCAGUAAGAGAAGCCGAAUAUCUGAAACAUCGUGCUGGAAGAGAAGCUGCAGAAAGAAAAGAAGCCGAGUUAAAAGCUAUUCAUGCUGCCAAAGAGAAAGAAAAGCUUGAGGGUGCUCUGAGUGGUUCCACACCUCCGUACCGAAUCUUUACGUGGGAUGAAAUAGUUUCAGCUACUUCGUCUUUCUCUGAAGAUCUGAGAAUCGGAAUGGGUGCAUAUGGAGUAGUGUAUAAGUGCACUUUGCAUUACACAACUGUUGCUGUUAAAGUUCUUCACUCUAAUGGAAACUGCCAAAGCAAGCAAUUCCAGCAAGAGUUAGAGAUAUUGAGCAGAAUUCAUCAUCCAAACUUGCUUCUUCUUCUUGGUGCAUGUCCUGAUCACGGAUGCCUUGUGUACGAAUACAUGGAAAAUGGAAACUUGGAGGACAGACUACUCCAGAAAAACAGUAAUGACCCAAUCCCAUGGUUUGAUAGGUUUCGAAUAGCUUGGGAAAUUGCGUCAGCACUUUCCUUUCUUCACAGCUCGAAGCCGCAACCUAUCAUCCAUCGUGACUUGAAACCGGCAAACAUCUUGCUUGGUCAUAACCUUGUCAGCAAGAUUGGUGAUGUCGGUCUUUCUACAAUCCUAAAUUCAGAUGAUUUAUCUGCCAUGUAUAAGGACACCGCGCCUGUUGGAACACUCAGCUACAUUGAUCCUGAGUAUCAAAGGAGUGGUUUAAUAUCUACAAAAUCUGAUGUUUAUGCUUUUGGAUUAGUAAUCUUACAGUUAUUGACAGCAAAACCAGCCAUAGCACUUACUCAUUUAGUUGAAACAGCUAUUGAUGGUGGUAAUUUAUCAGAUGUAUUGGAUCCAAAAGCAGGAUCAUGGCCACUACAAGAGACACUAGACAUAGCUCGGUUAGCAUUGAGCUGUGCGGAGAUGAAGCGUAAGGAUCGACCUGAUUUGAAAAAUCAUGUGCUACCAAUGCUAGACAGGUUGAAACAUGUUGCUGAUGAGGCUCAAGCUCAAUAUUCUGCUUCAAUAGUUACUAUAAAAUCCAGAGCUCCCAACCAUUUUAUAUGCCCUAUACUUCAGGAUGUGAUGGAUGAUCCUUGUGUUGCCGCAGAUGGAUAUACAUACGAUCGCAAUGCAAUUGAAAAGUGGCUUCUAAAGAAUGACAAAUCGCCGAUGACAAAUAUGGUUUUACCUCAUAAGCAUCUAAUUCCUAAUUAUACACUUCUAUCUGCAAUUUUGGAGUGGAAAACCUCAUAAAAUAUAAUACUAGCAUACUAAAUUAUAUUUCUCAAUGUUAAUAUUUAGUUAAAUGGUUUCUUUAUUGUAGCUAGAUUAACUAGUUAUACACUAAUAUCUACAAUUUUGUGUGUACUAAUAUCAUCCAUGCUUGCUGUUUGGUUACAAGGAAUAUUGAAUUUCAAGUGUAAAUAUAUUUGAUUCUAUUCUAUGUUUCUGUAUUUACAUAGGGGUCAAAGUUGGUCCUUAUAUUAUCAUUGAAAUAUCAAUCAUCUUCUUGUAUAAGGCACAUGAGCUACAAUUAUUCAUUGAAUAACUUGGUUAUGUCA